AUGCUAGUCAUUUAUUCAUGUGUAGAGGAAAGGUGUAUUUUCUUUAUCGAUUUUCGUUCUAUACUAUUUCCUUCUAUAUUAUACUAUACUGUAGCGUACUUUCUACACUGCACACCACUGCACACCACUACACUAUUUGAUCUCCUUCUGUAUAUCUCACUGCCUCACUUGUUCACAAACACAAGCAUGAAAAGACAGUGCUCCAAUCGUUCUGAUGUUAAGAGAAUCCGUCUAAGCAAGGAGAGACUCCUUGUGAGACUCCCAGGCGAGGUGCUGGACCUUGUCCUCCAACACCUCUCACGGGUCGACCUUCUCCAUGUUAGCAUGGCUGACCGCCGACAUCGAAGUCUAGUCUAUGAGAGAAUCUUUGCCGAGGUUGCCCUACAUUGGCGAGACAUUGACGCCUUUGUGAAACACUUCAAACAGACGGACCUGGUAAAGAAGCUACGCAUUAGAUGUGACCCCACAAACGAGCGUGAGACCAACCAUGGGGAGUGGAACGUCUCCCUAGGGGAAGUGUUGCGGCGAUGUUGCCAACUAGAGGAGAUGGAGAUUGGUCUAUUGGCGAGUGGUCGAAGCCUCAAGUACAAGGACGAUUUCCCCAUUGAGUAUGGUGACAAGAUCCGCAAACUGACCCUUGUUAGCCAUUGUCAGGAUAACCAAAGUUAUGGCGAGUACAGUGACAAGAGUCUCUUUGAGACCACACAGAUUCGGUAUUUCCGUCGACUCGAAUGUCUACACCUUAAUGGAUUCUCCCUUGGUGUAGAUAAGUACGUUACAGUUGGAGAUUCAUCGUCUCCACAUGGGGGGGAACUCCCUCAUCUGAGAGAGGUGAAUCUUACAAACUGUACAUGGAGCUACCCAGAGAAUGCCAUUGAUAUAUUUAAGCUUCACGCGCAUGCGCCACUCGAGCACGUGCAGCUCGAGUACACGCGUGGCGCAGCGUUUGUGCAUAGCGAAAGAUUCAAGAGUCUCGUUACUUUGGAACGCCGUAGAAGGGACGGCUCGGCAGCGCAUGCGCCACACGCCCGCGGGCCCGAGUCACGUGUCUACGUGGCGGGGGAGCGGAUAUUGUAA